AUGACUUCUAGAGUUGAAUGUGUAUUGAUAUUUGUAUCAUUGAGUAAGGAACAGGUCGAUCAUGAAUCAAACUUUGAUGUGAUCUCAAAGGAUAUAUUGUCACUGGAUCAAGAUGAUGGUGUAAAGGCAUUGACAUCCUUUGAAGCCAUGGACUAUAAGUACUCAAAAUGGGUAUUACUUGUAUCCGACAUGGCAACAAAGUCUGUCAAAGACAUAGCCGAUGCCAUCCAUCAAUAUAUAGAUAAUCAAAAGAUUAAGUUGGAUACAUACUUUAAUACAUUGGAGCAAUGGAAUCAUUGCCCUCGCAUAGCCGCAUUCGACAUGGAUUCCUGUCUGAUCAAGAACGAAUGUAUUGAUGAGAUGGCCGUGGAGAUGAGCGUAGUGGAAAAGGUAUCGGAGAUCACACGCCGCGCAAUGGAGGGCCAGUACAACUUUGAUCAAGCAUUGAUGGAGCGUCUGGCAUUGCUCAAGGGCAUGACAUUGGCACAGCUCGAGCAGGUGUGGACCCGCAUCGAACUCAAUCCAGGCGCAUACGCAAUGGUUCAAACUCUGAAGCAUCUCGGAUUCAAAGUGGCCUUGGUCUCUGGCGGCUUCACCUUCUUCUCACAUCGUGUUGGCGCGCGUCUAGGCAUGGACUACGUGUACUCCAACCAGUUGGAGUUGGUCGAUGGCUGCAUGACAGGUGGCAUCAUUGGAUCGAUACUCAAUGGAGACAUGAAGCUCAAGAUUCUUCAGGAGCUGUCCACACUCAAUCAGUGCGAGCAGAGGGAUACCCUGGCGAUGGGCGAUGGCUCAAACGAUCGAUAUAUGGUGGCCUAUGCACAUCUAGGCGUGGCAUACCAUGCCAAGUCCGUGCUGAAAGCAUCGACACCAUUCCACAUCAAUCACACACCAUUACAAAGUGUCUGUUUCUUCCUUUCAAAGACUCUCCCACUUCUCACUGGACCAUCAUCAGAGAUCAGAUCACUCCUAACUGAGCUUGGAAUGAGUCCAGCCACCAUCCACGACAUCAAACAAGAAGACGAACUUAUUCGACGAUAUAACAACGAUCAACCAAAACUUCUAUAA